AUGUUCCGCCGCUCCCUCAUAGCCCUCAACUGGCGUGACCAGGGCAUCAGCUACGUCAAGUACCUUAAUGUAACCACCGAAGCGCUCCACAUGGCCACCAAGGAGAAGGUGCGCGCCAAGUACUCGCGCUUCUCCGCUCCCAACUAUGUUGCGGUGAAGAACGACGGCACUGGCGUGAUGGAGGAGGUGAAGAAGGUGCCUGCCUUCACGAAGGACUACUAG